AGCUGCGAUAGACAAUUAUCUGCGAGCUCCGCCUUUCCCGAUGGCAACCUUAAGCCACGGCCUGCUUGAUUGACUGAUUCUGUCCACUGUAGCGUCUUAUUCAAUGAUUACCUUGCCAGUGUUCAAAUGUCCCGGAAGAGGACCAGUUCUCAUCGACGCAAAGUCAUCCACUUGUUCAGAUCGUGCGUGCAUGCCGCCUUAUUGGCUUCUCCAUUUGUUUCUCGAGCCUCUCUUGAGCAAUGGCCGUCUGUUCUUACGUCUCAGGCUGAGCAGGUCCCUAUGGAGCUUCUCGGUAAUGCUUGUUGUUGUCGAUGUCGAGUUGGAAGCUUGAUGGAUACGUGUGGGAUGAGAGUUGAGAUCGGUUCCGUCUGCCAAGUCGUCCCAAGUUCACUCAUCGGCUUGUAUGUGUUCUUUCGCCUUGCAAUUGACUCACAGAAUGUGUAGAUUAUCUCCCUCGCACCAUCGCGGCUAAAUAUAUCCGGAUCCUGCCCGAUGAACGCAUCGUCACAAGCCGGCUGAACUUGACACUGGGCUUUCAGGUGUAGUUUGCGGUUAGAAACGAUCGGGUGAGUGCGAUGCUGUGUGUUGCCAAGUCAAUGGGCUUUCCUCGACUG